AUGGAGGAAUCAAAAAAGAAGAAGAAAAGAAACGACGUGGUGGGAAACUUCUUCAGGAAAGGCAUAGACAUUAGCAAAUUUUCGACUAGGAAAAAAUAUGCCCUGUUGAUGUUGUUCUGUGUGUACAUAAUAACCUGCGUGGGGAUAUUCUUUAACUGGAUUUCUCUGUCCGAUUUUUUUUAUCACGGAAAUGUGUACAUAAACGAUUGCAAAAGUGUGCGCUCGGGAGGGAGAAAAAACUGGGAGGGUAAAUCAUACAGUUGUGAAGAACAAGACAAGAGAGUGCAAGCCUUAUACCCAAUUAUCCUAUGCUCAAAUUUUAUCAUGUCAGCCAUAUCGGGUGUAUUUUUUGAUUAUUUUGGGCCCAAAAUUACUGCGUUAAUUGGGCAUACCUUUAACAUCAUUUCGUGGAUUUUAAUUGGGUUACAAAAGGAAGGCAAAAAUAACACCAUCAUUUUUGGAGCCAUAUUUUUGGGGCUCUCUUGCGACUCCUCCUACAUACCAAUUCUCAGUUUAAUUUACCUGUUCGAAGAAAACCAUACCAUGUACACUGUCAUUUUGGGGUGCUGUGCUUCUUUGAGCUUUAGCAUGCCCAUAUUUUUGGACAUGUUCACCUCGCCAAAUGACCCCCAGUCGUUUCAGUUAAUUUGCUUACUAUACUGCGCGAUCAUUUUGGUUCCCUUUUUCUUUGUGCUUUUGAUUUUUUUGCCCCUCAAGCAUAUCAGCGGUGGGGAGCCCGUUGCGGAGGAAGCCCAGGGGAGUCACAACCAGACGUUGCAGGCGUUGGAGGGGUUCGUCGUGUCGGGCGUGGAAAGUCCGACUGAUCGUUCUGUACGCAGCAUGAGUAAUCGUCCAGUAUGCAGCCCGAAAUACGAACAUGAGCUGGAAGGAGAAAACAACACCCUGCGCGAGCUGAUGAUCGAACGGGCCCUCACCUCGUCGUCCUUUAGCAUAUCCUCCGCAAAUGGGUGCGUGCUGAGGAGGGUGGGCACACAAACGUCAAGCAAUUUUACCCACCGGGAAGAGGGCUCCAAUGAUGUGUUUUCACGAAAGGGGGGUUCCUCUCUCAUUAUGGAUGGAGGUUACGCACGUAGUAGCUCCGCCCAAGGGGGCAUAUCAAACCAGAAUGAAGUCAUCCACUUGGAUGAGAAACUUAACGGAAACGUGGAGCACAAGAAUAGCUGUAAUGUUACCCCCCCCCAGUGCAGCGAAACAGGAACGAACUUCUUCUCCAUCAGAUACCUGAGCAUCUGCUACUACUUCACCAUCUACAAUUUAUCGCUAGUUAACUACAACGAGUGUGCGAAGUUAUUUUUUGCAGAUUAUGCAGAUGUGCAGGGGGUUCUAAAGAUAUUCGGGCCGCUAUCGGUGAUCUCCUGUGCAGCCUUCGGCUUCCUCAUUCGCAAGUUUCACAUCCUCGUGAUUAUCCUAUCCCUACUCAUGAGCAGUUUGUUCAUGUAUUUUUUUGCCGUGAUGAGAGGUAAAUUAUUUGCCUACUUGAGUACGCUAUUCUAUCUGAUAGUCACAGGGUGCUAUACGACGCAACUGUACUGCUACAUCCAGCUGAUGUUUCCAAAGCGUCACUUUGGGAAGAUCGCAGGGACCACCAGCAUGAUCAGCGGGCUGUUGUCUCUGCUGAACAUCCCCAUUUAUAAUUACUUCAUCGUGGAUUACAGUAAGAGCGACCCCAACCCGUUUGCCUACGUUGUGAUUGCUCUCCUGGCGUCCACCUCGCCCCUGCUCCUCCUUACGUACAGGAGGGCCACUCGGGGGGCCGCUUCAGCGUGA